AUGGCUACCGACGCUUCUGUUUCAAGCAUCAAACUCAUGAACCAGGAUCUUAUGAAACUAGAUCGCUUUGAUGGAACAAACUAUACUCGUUGGCAAGACAAAAUGACUUUUCUCCUGACUACUCUGAAAAUUCAAUAUGUCUUGGACCCUGACUUGGAGGAAAUUCCAGAACCAACUGCGGAUGACACCGACGAAAUAAAAAAGGAGAGAAAGAAACGAAAGGAAGAUGAAUUGCUAUGCCGUGGACACAUUCUGAACACAUUAUCCGAUCGUCUCUAUGAUCUCUACACCGAUACUGCAUCUGCAAAGGAAAUCUGGAAGGCACUUGAAUUCAAAUUUAAAGCCGAAGAAGAAGGUACGAAAAAGUUCUUAAUAUCUAAAUACUUUGACUUUAAAAUGUUGGACUCCAAGCCUAUUCUUGCACAAGUACACGAGUUACAGGUUCUCGUGAAUAAAAUAAAGGCCGUAAAAAUUGAUGUCCCUGAAGCGUUCCAAGUCGGUGCAAUCAUAGCAAAAUUUCCACCUUCAUGGAAAGGAUACAGAAAGAAAUUGCUGCAUAGUUCUGAGGAUCUCUCGUUGGAGAAACUUCAGAAACACCUUCGAAUUGAGGAAGAAACAAAGGAUCGUGAAAAGACCGAUUCCGCUGGAUUUGCAAAGGCAAAUACUGUUGCUGCAAAGGGAAAGAAAAAGUAUGAUGGCACAAAAAACCAUCUUGGUCCAAAGAAAGAUAAUAACAGGUUCAAAAACUCUGGCGGACAAAAGGGUACUAAAAAUGGAUGCUAUGCAUGUGGCAAACCCGAACAUUAUGCUCGAGAUUACAGGCACAACAGGCCCAAAACUGAGGUUAAUGCUGUUCAUGUCAAUGACGACAUAAUCGCUACUGUGAGCGAAAUUAUGGCCAUCAAAGGAAAAGUCCAAGGAUGGUGGUAUGACACAUGUGCAACUGUACACGUGUCCUAUGAUAAAGCGGCAUUCAAAACCUAUACUGAAGUCAAUGAUGGACAGGAAGUGCAAAUGGGCAAUGAAGUGCGCUCAAGAGUCGUUGGAACAUGA